AUGCAGCGUCUUAUAAGGAGUAAAGCGGCGGAGAACGGGAGCGUGCAUACUCAUGUUCACGAUGGCGAUGGGGACGAGCUGGAUCUUAAUUCUUUAAUCCCGGACCGAAAGCUUGAAAGCUCUAUACCCGGAUAUAAUAACUAUUCCAAUGGAGAUGUAUACGCCGAGUCGCCGGGUCAGUACGAGCAGGAGUGGGAGAUUGAUACCUUAAACGCUGAAAUGCCAUAUCUCCAGCACGUCAAAUCAUUAUCGGCAGCCUGGCCUCAUCUGCGCUACCUUGCGCAAUGGAUGGAGGUGACGACAUCACCUAACAAAUGGCAGCUUAUUAGAAAAUUGUCCCCCCAGACGCGGAGAGACAUUCUGAAAGAGAGGGCUGGGCGAACUAAAAUUGCGGCCAUUGAUUUCAUUUCAGGUCAGCCAGUUUCGAGUUCGAGUAUCAAGUAUAUCAACGAUCCAAGAAGUCUAGCCUGUACACUAGACGAACCGGCUGUACCAGGUGCUAGCCGGUUAUAUGUUGUAGAAGACCUUUCUCGAGAUGUUAUUGAAUACCUAGGUUCCAAACUUGACAUCGACCCUCUCUUUUUUCGAGAACACCUUAAUGACUUCACGUGGUAUAAUACUCGUGAUCCGUGGGUCGAGCUUCCCGACCUUGACAUAGUUUCGCGGGAUCGACCGUACUUCCGCUUAACCUAUAUGCAACCGCGGUACUUCGAAACAGCCGAGAGCUUCAAGAAAGCGGAACGGCAGGCUGGGAAAUUUAACGUGCUUCGACGGCUAGAUGCCGACGACGGACAUGAGUCUCCUUUCGAUGACAAGUCGGCCACAGUUGCGCUUGUUAGGAGCAAGGCGUCUCUAUGGAUUAGACCAGCCAAAGCAAACCAACAGGCCAUUGGGGUUCUACUUAUCGACCCUCCAAUAACAGAAGGACAUCCUCUCUGGAAAGGGCAUCGGCCCUUUAAGAAUUCGCCAACUCCUCAAAACCAGACACCACAAUAUAGCUUGCCGCCCAAACCAAAUCUCUUUGAAGACUUGAUUUUCUGGAUCCAGCAGACAUCGCAGCAAGAUAUCGACGCCGUAGAGAAUAACCCAAGAGCUAUGGCUUUCCGCAUUCUAGAGAUCAUAUGUGCUGAGUGGUUGACCCUAAAUCAAUAUAUCACUGCGCGGCUAGGGCAAAUCGAAUGGGCAAUCGAGAGCCCCAAAUGGUUUAGUACGGAGAAGCAAGAAUCCAAAGGCGAUUCCAUAAGCUUCAACACGUCGCUUACAAAACUUCAUACCUGGCGGCGACGGCUCCCAAUCUUCAAAGCUAUGGUCGCCGAUAUCCGCACAAAGCUCUUCCCAGAUCCUAAUCCUAAUCCUAGCUCUAGCCGGCUGGACUGCAUUGACAAUCUGCGAAAAGAUUUCUCCAUCGUCGCCGAGAACAUGGAGGAUCUUUUGUCUCGCACAGAGCGCAUCGCCGCAGUCGCCACGGCCGUGGCCGCAAUCGAGGAGAGCAGGCGCGCUAUCGAGCAAAACAAAACACUAGGCCGGUUAACCUAUCUCGCCGUGAUAUUCGCGCCUCUCAGCUUCGUCUCCAGCUUCUUCAGCAUGUCGACCAACGUCUCGGAGCUCACCGGGACGAUCUGGAUCUACUUCUGCGUCGCCAUCCCCGUCAGCCUGCUGGUUUACCUGGUAGUCGAUAAGAAUUGGACGAAUAGCUUGCAAGGCGUUUAUGGUUUGGGAGCGGCGGCGAAGGAGAAGAUUAAAAAGCCCGAAUCUAAGCGUUGA